CGUUUUCCGACAUACAGACCCGUUUACAGACCCGUUUUUUCCGACAUACAGACAUGUUUCUGAUUCGUUGAUACUCGAGUUAAUUUACAAUAAAACCAGCCUCACGAAGUUCUUCGAUAAUGGACAGCAUCUCGUUGUCAUGCGCGUUGUGACCGGCUCGGCGCGAAGCGUCGAGCAAUCGUAGGCGGUCCACAAGCUCAUUGGGAUCAUCCCAGUGCACGUAAUCAAUCGCAUUGUUGUUUAGCGUCAUAGCGCGAGGUAAUCCUUUUCCAGAUUUCGUCUUGGACCGGGUCUUUAUCCCAUCGUCCGACACUAACGGUGCGAUUAUACUUCAAGCCUCGUUCUCAGGAUUACACGUGUAGUUUCCUUUUCAUCCACUAGAUGCCACAACUUUGAGAGUGAGAGAGAGAGAGCGACUGCGGCGCCCUCCCGCCUAGUCGCUCUCCUGCCUGUCGUUCGCCAUCAUUCUUUUUCGUUGUGCGCUAGAGGCUGCACGUGAGAGUGAGUAGGAAGAUUGCAUCACCUAAUACUCGUAGUACAAGAUGCUCAGAAAGCGAAAAGCAGAUAUAGAAUAUCUGCAGAGAAAGCUACGAAAACUGCAGAGGAAGAUGGAAACGAUUCAAGCAGAGUCAGAUUCCUCUAGCAGUACUGAGGAAGAAAGGUUAGAGGAAGACCAACAGGUAGAGGACCCUAAGAAUGAUCCAGGCCAGGAAAUAGUAGAAUUGGAAGAAGGAGAAGAGAGACAACAGGAUGAGAAUAAAGCGCCAAAUAGCGUAGAAAAUGAGGAAGCGAUUGAUGAAAACAUCUUGGAGAUGCUGGGUGAAGAUCCUCAAAAGUCGAAAGCGCUAGACAUUACCCUUCACGAGUCUAUAAAAUUACAGUGGAAUUACUGGAUUGCACACGGCCUAGAUAAGAAAGUUAAGGACGAACUAACAGAGAAAUACGCAAGAUCAACCGAGUUCGACGCACCAAAACUAAAUGCGGAAAUCUCUGCCAUACUUACAGAGCAAGCGAUUAAAAGAGAUAGAUAUAUGCUGGAAAAUCAAAAAUUAGCCGGAUCAGCAUUGACUGCGAUCGGAUCAACCCUAACAAUGAUUAUGGCAGAACAAGACGUGGAUAAGCUGACUUUCGUACAAAGACUGAACGAAGCAGCAAAAUUAAUUAUACAGAUUCACCAUAAUCAAUCUGUAUCUCGAAAAGCGUUUAUUUACCCGGGAGUUAAGAAACAAUUCCAAAGCAUGCUUAAAGAAACAAAACCAGCUAAUUUUUUGUUCGGAAAUAAUUUGGCAGAGAAAAUUAAAGACUCAAAAAAUAUAGAAAAGUUAUCACAGAAUGUAAAAAAUCAAACAGCACCAAGAGCUACAACCCAAUACCAAGGUCCAAAACAGACUUUAAACUGGAAAAGCCUGCAGGGGAGGAGGCCGCUCACCAACCGCGCAGGCUACACGAACACCCAAGGCCGGAACCGUCCUCGCCUGACAUUCAAGACGAAGGAACCUCUGAACUCAAGGGCACAGACGCACCGGAGCUCCAGAUCAUCAGGACACAGACAUCACGACAGAGACAAGUAAUUGUAGGUAACGCUGGCCGAUUAAAACACUUCUUCCCUGAAUGGCAAAAGAUAACAAACAACAAAUUUGUACUAAAUGCCAUACAGGGGUACGAAAUCAAAUUCAACUCGAAAGUGGUACAGAAUCAAUGUCCAGUAAUUAAGUUUAAUACCCAGACCGAAAUUAAGAACUAUAACCAGGCUAUUAACCUAUUACUAGACAAAGGGGCAAUACAAGUUUGUUCGCCGAGGAAAGAUCAAUUCUUAUCUUCGUACUUCCUAAUAAAAAAACCCGACGGAUCUCAUAGAUUUAUUUUGAACCUAAAGAAAUUAAACGAAUUUAUUAAUACUAACCACUUUAAGUUAGAAGAUUUACGUACGGCAAUAAAAUUGAUUUUUCCGAACUAUUUUAUGGCUUCAAUAGACCUCGAAGACGCAUACUAUGCAGUCCCAAUUCACAAUAAGAGUAGAAAAUAUCUGAGAUUUCAGUUCCUAGACAAAACAUUCGAAUUCGUUUGUUUACCUUUCGGUCUAUGUACAAGUCCUUAUAUCUUUACGAAGAUACUAAAGCCAGUCGUUAAGUUCCUUAGGAGUAAAGGUUUCUCGUCAACUAUAUAUCUAGAUGAUAUAUUAUGCAUAGAAGAUAGUAUAGAAAAAUGCGAAAGGAACGUAUCCGAAACAAAAGAAUUACUACUAUCCUUAGGUUUCUUAAUAAAUGAAAGAAAGAGUAAAUUUGAACCUUCGACGAGACGAAAAUUCUUAGGCUUUAUUAUUGAUUCGGAGAAAUAUUGCAUAGAGUUAACAAGAGAAAAAAGAGAUAAUCUAACUGAUAUGUUGAACAAAAUUCAAUCAAAAAAGACUUGCUCAAUUAACGAAUUUGCACAAUUAAUCGGUAAGUUGGUCGCAGCGUGCCCAGCAAUAGAAUAUGGAUUUCUAUAUACAAAAUUGUUAGAAAGAGAGAAACUAUUCGCACUUAUUAUUAACGAUUAUAAUUACGACGAAACAAUGAUUGUCCCUAAGUAUAUCAUUCCAGAGUUAGAUUGGUGGCGUUGUAAACUAAAAGAUUCAGUCAACCAGAUUAAAUCAGGGAAUUACGAAACAACAAUUUACACAGACGCAUCAAAAACCGGUUGGGGCGCGGUAGGAGAUAACGACAGAACUUACGGGUUUUGGAAUGAAACACUAAAGAGAAAACAUAUAAACUACUUAGAAUUACUAACAGUAGAACUGGCCCUAAAGAGUUUGGCGUCUGAAUUAAAAAAUUGUCAAAUACUCUUGAGAAUAGACAAUACCACCGCUAUAUCCUAUAUCAAUAAAAUGGGAGGCGUUAAAUAUUUAAAAUACCACUAUCUAGCCAGAAGAAUCUGGAAAUGGGCUGAAAAAAGAAACAUAUUUUUAUUUGCAUCAUACAUUGCUUCUAAAGAUAAUAUCGAAGCAGAUGCCUUAUCAAGAUUAAGAAACGAAGAUGGUGAAUGAAAAUUAGCACCCUUCGCGUUCAAUAAAAUAAUCAGGUCAUUAGGUAAUCCAGAGAUUGACUUAUUUGCCACAAAAUCAAAUUGCAAAUGCGAUAGAUUUGUGUCCUGGUUCCCAGAACCAGACGCGAAACAAAUAGAUGCAUUCACUUUUUCAUGGUUCAAUUUAAAUUUUUACGCCUUUCCCCCAUUUAUUCUAAUUCUAAAAACCUUAGUUAAAAUAAAAAAGGAUAGAGCGUGUGGUAUAGUGGUUGUUCCUAAUUGGCCGAACCAGCCAUGGUAUCCGUUAUUUACAAAAUUAAUGAUAUCAGAACCAAUUAUAUUUAAACCAAAACCUAAUCUACUUUGUCACCAAAUAGGUUAAUCCAACACCCCAGAGCGAAGCACCUAGGUUUAAUUGCAGGAAAGCUGUCAGCGAAGCCUUUCUGAGAAAAGGCGUACCGGAAAAUUCGUUAGAGAUAAUGUUAGCGUCGAUAUCAGGAUCAACAAUUAAACAAUACGAAUCGUCCUUACGACAAUGGAACAUAUAUUGUGAACAAAACAACCUAGACUUUUAUAACCCGUCUUGUGAGAUUGUGAUACAAUUCUUGACAGACUGUUUUAAAAACGGCGCUUCGUACGGGACACUAAACUCCCACAGGUCAGCAAUUUCGUUAAUUUCCAAAGAUAAAAUAGGAGAAAAUAGACUAAUCUGUCGAUUCCUAAAAGGCAUCUUUAGACUGAAACCUACACGACCAAAAUAUGCGUUUACGUGGGAUGUCUCCCUAGUUCUAAAACACCUAGAAAGUCUAUAUCCUUUAGAAGACUUAAGUCUCUACGCUCUGAGUAAAAAGACAGCGAUGUUAUUAGCGUUAUGUACAGCUCACCGGGCUCAAACCUUGACUAAUAUAAAGAUUAACAAUAUUACUAAGUCGAAGGGAAGACUGGAAAUUAGAGUUCCAGAAAUAAUAAAAACGUCAGGACCUGGGAGAUUUCAACCUUUGAUUGUGUUAUAAAGUUUUAAUGAAAAACCGGAAUUAUGUUUAGUCAGAUUGUUAACCAAAUAUUUAGAAGUCACAGAGAAAAUCAGAGGAAAAGUACAACAAUUAUUUAUCACAACAAGAAAACCUCACAAAGCAACAAACACACAGACUUUCAGUCAUUGGAUAAAAUCAGUUUUAAAAGAAAGUAAGAUAGACACAACUACUUUCUCAGAUCAUUCAACUCGACAUGCUGCUACUUCAAAAGCUUUCAGUAAAGGACUAAACUUAGCAAUAAUUAGAAAAACAGCAGGUUGGACAGAAAACUCCCAGAUCUUCGCGAAAUUCUAUAACAGGCCAAUCACAGUUAGUGAUGACGUUUUCGCAAAUACUAUUUUAAGAAUAUAAAAAGGUUAUAUUUUCUUUACGUACACUCUUAUAUUAAAAAACAGUAUAUAUAUAUAUAUAGGUAAUUUUUUGUUGGUAUAAGGCCGAAAUAUAAGAAUACGAGGAUAUUACUAGUAAAAUAAGGUUGAUAGUAUAUAUAUAUAUAUAUUUAUAUACUAUUGUAAGGAUACAUGUGUAAGAAUAGAAGUAUAAUACUUAACUUCAAAAAUCCUAAUAAAAUUGUAAGUCUUAAAGCUGCUAUCUCUGAAUAACUACACGUGUAAUCCUGAGAACGAGGCUUGAAGUAUAAUUGAACGAUCAAACGAACUUACCUGUGAGUGAAGUUCGAUCGUAAUUAUACGAAAAGCCUCGUUCGAGGAGAUUACACCCCCCCC